ACCCGUCCGAGAUGUCCGUGUUUGCUCUCAAGGGAAAAUCGCGGGGAUCAGGACAACAGAAGCAAGGAAGUAACACACAGGGGUAUGGGCAUAGUACGGUAGGCCAGUAAUGGAGCAUCACUAUUCUAUAUGCAUUGGGCACUCUGUAUGGUACUCAACACCCAACGACCCAUCCUUACCAGACGAAUCAAUCUGCAAACGUACUACUGUACGCGUACGACCUCCAACCUUUGGGCAAAAUGGGAACUCGACACCUCAUCCUCGUCUACUACAAAGGAUCUUAUCACAUCGCCCAGUACGGCCAAUGGGACGGCUAUCCGAGCGGCCAAGGCGCGGACAUCCUCGACUUCAUCAGUGAUCCGGAGAACCUCGCGAACCUCCAAGCUGCCAUCGACGCCGGGCAUCUGUACACACCAACGCAAGAGCAGUGCGAGGAGUGGGACCGUCUAGUCUGGGAGAAGACUCUGGAACAGAAGGCGCGAAUACGCGCUGGUAUGGCCCACGGAGGACUUGAAGAUUCCGACUUUCAUCGCCCAUCUAUCGCCGACUACUGCCCUUCUCUGUCGCGCGACACCGGCGCCGGCAUCCUCAAGCUCGUCGCGGACGCCACUGGGCCUGUUCCCAUCGUCACAGACGUGGACUUUAUAGCUGACAGGGAUUACUGCGAAUGGGCGUACGUGGUGGAUCUCGAUCAAGGUCUUUUUGAAGUGUUUAGUCGCAGGCCUUGGAGCGACGCCCCGACAGUCAAGAACGAUAGAUUCAAGAAUUUGGAGGCGGCUGAGAAACCGGGAUGUCAACCCAAGUGUGUGGGUGCGUGGACCUUGGAUGACUUGCCGAGUAAGAAGGGGUUUCUAGCUAGGUUUGCAGAACCGACGGAACAAGCUGGGCGAUGAAUGGACCAUUGGGGUGAGAAGCCUUCGGUGAUGUAGCGAAGCUUUCCUGUUUUUCGACAGUCCUAGCACCAUUUGUCGGCCCGUUGAUUCAAUUGAAAAGGUGUAUAUACAGCGGAAAAUGGAUGUAAAUGAAUUGUCGGUGCGUGUGGUUAAGAAGACG